AUGGCAGCAAGACUGUCACACUCAAUAUAUGUGGCAUUGCGGCAUAAAGUCAACAAUAAGAACGUGGUGAUCUUCUCCGUUUUUGGAAUCUCCCUCAACUGGAUUGAGGCAACAAAAGUCGAAAAAUUGCAUGGAGUGCUGAUCAAAAACAGGGUUGUUCAAAUAAGAAGAAUUGUUGUGGAGAUACCAGCAACUGUUCGCUUUGGUUACGUGAAAACAUCUGAUAUUAACCCAGUCGACUAUGAAACGAGGGGAAUCACAAAAGCUGAAUUGGGAUGCCACAUGUGGUGGCACGGACCAUCAUUCAUAAGGCAUGAUCCGGAGACGUGGUCAGAAGCAAGCCGUCUGUUCACUCUUCUAACCGAGGAAAGCGAAGAGCAAGUAUGUCUUGUAGCAAAAGCAGCAGAAGAACCAUCUACAAUACUAGAUUGUCUAGAUACAGUCGGCUAA